AUGAGAGCAGCUCAGGGAUACAACAGAAUCUCGCUGAUGAAAGGAUCCACGCAGAUUCAGAAAACAACCCAUUCCUGGUUACCGUCAACCACAACAAAGAGCGGGUUACGGCGACCCGACUAUGGACCUAUGCAGUCGCAUGUUCUCAUGAAGCAGUCCACAGCAACAACUCAUGUCGUCUCACGAAGGACGUUGGUCGAUGAGAGUUUGAUUGAGGCCAUGAUGCAGACAACCCUCAGAGUACCUGGAACAGGGAGCACGAGUGCUACAACAGCGUCCCACAAGAACGACGAUGUUGCAAACCAGCGAGCAGCCGUAGAAGUUUCAGGAGAGCCAUCACUUUGGGAUGAUACCUUGUUUCCUGCCACUGAUAACUCAGAGUUCGCCAACCCACCACAGACUCCAAGGAGAGAGUCAAGGACGUUCUCGAUGGCGCCAGAAUCAGGACGAAGAACUCCUCGGCGGCGGCGAUCAAGAUCGAGCAAUCAACAUCUCAGGACGACCCCUAUCAAGGCUCUUGCGGAUGCCAACGAGGCUCGCGUCAACAGGCUGAUCAUGGAGGCGAACAAGCGAGGUCGUGUCGGGAGAGACAAGCAUUCUCCCAUGGGAAUUCUUCGACAGCUCAGCAGAAUUCCUGGAUUCAACCCUGCUCCAAAACCAUCACCAGACAGGGAGCCCAUCCCAGGAAGCGCGAAUUGGAGGAAACUCACGCCCAGGUCAACCCGCACGAAACACAUCGACAUGUCAGGAUCUAUCGACAACCCAUUCAAAUCCUUGUCCAUCAACAAAGACUCAUACAAGGACACAGAGCUGACCUCCAGGAGCACAGACCCAACCCCUAGGAGCGUAGAUCGCGCAGGCAUGUCAACUGCAAAACGUCGCGCAUUAGACCGAUUCAUGGACGAUAACCCUUUUCUUACUUCCGAGGAUUACAACCGGCUGUGGGAUGAGGAGGUGGACAUGGCAAGGAACCAAUUGAUGAAUAGUCGAGAGUCAUUCGGAUUGACUUUCUCAGGCGGCGAUGGAGAGCUGCUACUAGGCGAUGAUGAUACAAGGGACCUAAGCCUGGCGGCUCAAGAUCUUACAGACCAAUUCUUCGCCCAAACUCAACGCGAACGCAGCCAAGGAGCGAUGGAUAUUGGUGAUAUUACGGGUCACUCGGGGAAAGGAUUUGACGAUCCAGAAGCGCGUGGGUCGGUCGAAGACCAAAUCCAGGGAGGCUCUAACCAGUUGCGAGGCGCUCAAGGAAGCAUGGAUGCCAGUAGGGCUAUUAUUUCGACACGGACCUCGGGUUUGCUUCGUCCAACUGACCCAUCAGGUACACUUGAGAGUGAAUUGCGAGGAUCAGAAUAUGAUGCAGGGGAUCCGAGUGGGAGGAAACAGAGCGGACUCGUGAGUUCUGACGACAUUCAAGUGACCGGAGUUGGUCGUCAGGGUCAGGACAAGGAUAUGGACGUUGACUUGAACGAUGGUUGGGAGGACAUCCCAGACGACGAGCUGACGCAGGAUUUCUUGAGCCAGCUGGAGUCGCAAGCUUUUGCAACAACGGACUCUGCAUCUGGCGUUGUUGAGGAGGAUGACCACAGAGGAACUGGUGAGGGUCGGGACCACUCUACUGACCGUGUUGAUGCUGUUGACGCAGAGAUUAUGGACAAGGAGGGUCUUGCCGCCUUCGAUAACGAUCAGGACAUGGAGGCCGUGAACGACGAUGAACAAGAAGCAGGCUUUGCCCGUCUUGACGAUCUGACCCAGGAUGUUGACGAACAACUCGGUAACGCUGACGGUUCGCCUCGAGAUGUUGAAAGACUGAGUCCGAAUGCUAUUGAGCAACUCGGAGAAACUGAGGUGAAGAGCCCGGGUGCUGACGAGAAGCUUGGUGAAGCUGGCGAGCAGCUCGACACUGAAGAUCAGAACCCGGACCUCGACGAGCAGCUUGAUGAGGCUGACGUGCAGAAUCCGGAUGUCGUUGAGCAGCCCGAUGAUGCUGAGGAGCAGAACAUGGAUAUCAACGAACAACUCGACGUCGAGGAACAACACGAUGAGGCUGAUAGGCAGAAGCUGGAUGACGACGAGCAACAUGAUCUUGACGAACAACUCCAUGAUGCCGAUGGGCAUAAACCGGAAGUUGAUGAGCAACUGGAUGACGUUGACGGCCAGAAGCCGGAUGUCAACGAACAAAACCAGGAUAUCCCAGCAGCAGCAGUAGGCGAUGAAGAAGGGCCUUUGUUUAUUAAUGGCGACAAAGGGGACAUAGCACCCCGGAAUGAUGUGGAAUACGAGGAUGGAUACAUGAAUGUCCAUGAGGAAGACCAUAUUGAGCAGCAGGAACACGAAGAGCAGCAUGGCAAGACAGGAGUGGAGUACUUUGACGAUUUUCCCAGUGAGCUGGGAAUCAUGUCCAAUGGCAACAUUCUUCGAACAACUGCUCCUCCAAAACCCAGGAAAAUUGUCAGGUCACACCUGUUCUUUGAGCAAACAUCGAACGAUUUGGCAGCCUACGCAGAGCACGCCGGCAGGAGGACAGUCGACGAGACGGAUGUCGAGCUGUUGAUGAAAAGAUUGCGGAUCCUCCACGACAAGGUGUCGAUGGAGUCGCUGCUCCAACGGUACUUGCCUCGUGAGCUGAGAGACAAAGUUCUCUUCCCAGACGACAUGCCAGGUGCCCUACCGAUGCCAGAGCCUCAGCCUCCAAGUCAAGACCACUGGCACAAUGACCCCACACCAGGGGGACAACCUGCAAGUACUGCUGCGUACAGUGCUGCAACUCGCACACCCACUCAGUGCAACCAAAGUGCCCUUGACAGCGCCAGCGCCAGAUUAACCGCUCGCUCAAUCGCCGUCACUUGGUCUUCGUCCCCAGUACGACAGGUCCAGCCUCAAGCUCAGAGUCAGAUGUCUGCUCGCAGUCAGGGUCAGAGUCAGAAUCAAGGCAGAGGAAGAGGGAGAAGGAGAGGAAGAGGUCAGAGUAGCACUCGGGAGAGUAAUCAAUUCUUCACCACCCAAUCCCGAACUGCCGCCACAGGAACCGCACCUUCAGAUGUCUACUCGGUGGAACAUGGUCCAGCACCACUCGCUGGAGAUGGCCUUUCAAGCAGCGUUCCAUCAUCACCGGCACCUUCUUUCAGAUCCGGAUACCCGCCUCUUCAGACAGAUUUUCUCGAUCCUCGCUUUGUGCAAGACGUGCGAGCUGAUGACAAUGCACCGGAGUGUUCUUCGGCAUUUGGUUAUGAUCGAGAGGCGUCCUCGGGGCCAUCGCACAGGCUUGAGUUUCAAGGCGAUCCUGUUGGAACUGACUCGCAGUGGACUGGUCCUGACAACUCGGACUCUAACUUGCUCGGACAGCCAUUUUCCAGCCUGACUCUUGGCAACGAGAUCAUUUUGGCUAUCAAUAUGAGGGGUAAGACGCUGGGUGGAGCGUAUUAUGAUGGAGCGGCCUCCAAGUUGUUUGUGAUGCAAGAUACGCCCGACUGCAAUGCAGUUGACAUGGUCGAAACAAUCAAAGGUCAAGUCCGGCCAAUGUUGAUCUUGACGAGCACUCGGCUGGAAGAAUAUGUGGCCGAUGCGCUGAAAUGGAAUGAGGAUGGCAGCGAGAACAAGUUGGAGAUCCGACCUGGUGGAGAGUUUUCUUACCAGUUGGCAAAGACCAAGCUCAUCUCUAUCGUUAUGCAGUUCAAGCAAUCAGAGCGAGCUUCUACUGCCUCAGUGACACAUGGGUCCUCGCACGCCUUCCAUGGAUCGGCCGAUAUAGAUGAAUCGGCGCAGCGGGAUGCGCAGAUUCAGCUGUUGAAUCUGAUCGACCUUGAGAGCAACGAAAGCGCUUGGCAAAGUCAUAUAUUCAUUCAGAUCCUCACUUUUGUCUAUGUUAGUGACUCGUUCAUGUAUAUCAACAAGAACACCUUGAGCUCGUUGCAAAUCUUCGAGGACGAGUCUCACCCAAGCAUGCACAGCAGUAUUCGAGGCCGCAAGGAGGGUCUUUCACUCUUUGGUCUACUCAAUCAGACAAAAACCUCUCAAGGACGCCACCUGCUUAAACAAUGGCUUCUCCGACCCUCGCUGAACAUGGCCACGAUCCGCGAGCGCCACCAAACUGUGGAGUGCUUUGUUCAGACCGAGAAUCAGCCGACCGUCAACCAGCUUGCUGGCGCCCUUUCGCACAUGAAGAAUAUCCCAAAAGUGUUGCAAACAAUGUCGCGAAAGGCUACCAUCAACGACUGGCGGGCGAUCCUGGAAAUCUCCAAUGUCUCGCAAGAAAUCUUUGUCGGCGUCUCACCAGUUAUCCAGGGGGUACAUGCUCUUCCUGGAGUCGGUCAGCGCUACUUUGCGGUGGAGGAGCUCGUGAACAUGGGCAAGAACAUCAACGAUGUGGUAAGCAGCGCCCCACGGCUGAUGAACUCUAGGUUGGAGAGUGAAAAAUAUCAACUUGAUUUCGACGAGAGUGUGAUCGAGGGUCGCUGCGUGGUAAAGAGAAACGUGGACGAGGAACUGGAUAGCAUGCGCAAGAACUAUCAUGGACUCGACGUCUUUCUUUCCGAGAUCGCCAAGGAGAUUAGCGUCACCAUACCUUCGGACUUUACUUCGAUUAUCAAUGUUAUUUACUUCCCACAGCUGGGUUACCUGAUUACGGUGCCUAGGAACCCAGAGUGGAAGUCUGAGGAGGAUUAUCAACUCGAGGGACUCACCGUACAGUUCAGCACGGAGACUACCGUCUACUACAAGAACGCGACCAUGCGAGAACUGGACGAGCAUCUUGGCGAUAUUCACGGGCUCAUUGUCGACCGCGAGAUUGACAUUCUUCAGGCGCUCCAAGAACGGAUCAUUGAAAACUCGCAGUUUCUUGUGACAUGCAGUGAUCUCUGCGCAGAGCUCGAUGUGCUGGUUUCAUUGGCACGAGUGGCAAGACUGCACAAUUACCGGCGCCCUACGAUGGUGGAGGGAACUAUCCUCAAAAUCACGAAUGGAAGACAUCCGCUGCAGGAGAUGGUGGUUGACUCGUUUGUGACCAACAGCACGCAGAUUGGAAGCAUGGACCAAAAUAGCGCUUCCGCUCCAACUGUUGUGACUGGAGCAAAUACAGACUCGCGUUCGUCAGAAACGGGAGAUGCUCGUGUUGAGAACCGGGUCACCAUCCUCACCGGCCCCAACAGCUCUGGCAAAAGUGUUUACUUGAAGCAGGUUGCAUUGAUUACCUUCAUGGCACACGUCGGAAGCUUUGUGCCAGCAGAUUCGGCGGUCAUUGGUAUCACUGACAAGAUCCUGACUCGCAUGCAGACGCGUGAGACCGUGUCAAGUAUCCAGAGCGCGUUCAUGACUGAUUUGCAGCAAGUGGCCCUGGCGACCCGAAUGUCAACUGCACGAUCUUUGGUCUUGUUAGAUGAAUUUGGCAAGGGAACUACGUCUACUGAUGGCGCAGGACUGUUCUGCGGCGUAAUUGAGCAUUUCGCUAGGCUGAACGAAGAGGGCCGACCAAGGGUUUUGGCAACGACACAUUUCCAUGAGCUGUUUGAGAAUGACCUGAUGGAUCUGAGUCUGCCCAUCUCGCAGUACACGAUGGAGGUUUACCAACAGCCAGAUUGCAUGGAAGCUACUUUCUUGUUCAGAGUUGUGCCAGGCAAAACUCCGUCGUCCCUUGGACCAGCUUGUGCGGCUAUGGCCAGCAUGCCGACGCACAUUGUCCAGCGAGGAGUACACCUCUCGCAGCUCUUCAGACGCUACGAGAACGUGGUCCCGCAUUUGACAGCCCACGAGAAGGAAAUGGAAGGCUUGUACGAGCGGCUGAUUGAGAUGUUGUUGCGCAUGGAUUUGGAAAAGGAGCAAGCAUUGGACUUCUGGGACAGAUACAAGGGUAUGGCAAGUACUGCUGAUGACGAAAGUGGAUCGCUGCAGACCAGGAGCAGGAGCGUCAAGGUAGAGAAGGGUAGCGGUGCAGCUGCUGUCUCGAACAUGACCCCAAGCGGUGUUGACAGCGGCAGCAACAGCAGCAGUGACGCAGGCAACAGCAGCCUUGGCAAGCGCAGGUACGAUGAUGGUUCUGCUCUUGAAGAAGGCGAGAGCGAGGAGAUUGCAGCGGCUUCAGAGGCUACCGGAGCGAUGAAAACUGACCCCGACAACGCUAUGCGAGAUGCGCUACAUGAGCUUUUGGAGCUUGCCGCCGAGAUUGGUCGCAAAGAGCACGAAGAGUAG